AGCGCGAUUCUUCCCACGUCCGCGAGGCCCUCGCGUUAGGAGCCAAAGCCAACUUGCCCCGAUGCGCAGACUUCCAGUCAGGAGUUCCCGAAUGUCUGCCGUGUGAUUCUUUCCGCUCCGAGGGAAACCAAGAUCCAGAGGAAACUCUUCCCGAGAGAGACUCAUCUGCCGGAUGUUCUUGAAGAGCAUGGGAAGAUAGGUGUAAACCCUAAUCCUAAUAAGACCAGACUUUCUCGCUGUGAACGAUGGCUAAACCCACCCUGAGAGGGAAUGGCGCUAACUGUGAGACCUUUCGGCAGCGCUUCAGGAGGCUUCAUUACCAGGAGGUAGCUGGACCCCGAGAAGCUUUCAGCCACCUCUGGGAACUUUGCUGUCGGUGGCUGAGGCCCGAGGUGCACACCAAGGAGCAGAUUGUUGAAUUGCUGGUGCUAGAACAGUUCCUGACCAUCUUACCAGGGAAGAUCCAGAAUUGGGUGCAGGAGCAGCGUCCAGAAAAUGGAGAGGAGGCAGUGGCUCUGGUGGAAGAUUUAGAGAGAGAACCUGGAAGACCUGGACAUUCGGUCAAAGUCUCUGUGAAGGGGCAGGAAGUUCGCUUGGAGAAGAUGACACCCCUGAAAUCAUCACGAGAGUUAUUAAGUAUUCAGCAGGAGUCAGUGGAGCCCCAGCCCAGGGGAGUACACAAGAAAGAGAGGGCAAGAAGCCCAGACCUGGGACCACAGGAGCAGAUGAACCCAAAGGAGAAGCUCAGAACUUGUCAAAGGAGCGGAUUUCCAUUUCCUAAAUCCGGUAUGGUCUCCAGGUUGGAGCAAGGACAGCCAUGGAUCCCAGAUAAGGAGAAGGAACUGCAAGCCACAGGAGAUAAACAAAAGCAUGCUGAUUUGUUAUCAUCCAGGAAAGAGAGAAAAAACUGGGUGGAACAGGAUCACCGGGCCUUUGAGGAUGAAAAGGUGGCAGGUGUACAUUGGGGUUAUGAAGAGACGAGAACUCUACUCGCAAUUCUCAGUCAGACUGAGUUUUAUGAGGCUCUCCGAAACUGUCAUCGAAACAGCCAAGUGUAUGGGGCUGUGGCUGAGCGGCUGCGGAAAUAUGGCUUUCUCCGGACCCUAGAACAAUGCCGGACCAAGUUCAAAGGUCUCCAAAAGAGCUAUCGAAAAGUUAAGAAUGGACACCCACCUGAGACAUGCCCCUUCUUUGAAGACAUGGAAGCCCUGAUGAGUGCUCAGGUCAUUGCUUUGCCCAGCAAUGGCCUUGAGGAGGCAGUGUCUCACUCUGGCCUGGUGGGCAGUGACACUGAGAGAGAAGAGCCAGGGCAAGGGGACUGGCAGCAUGAUGAGAGAGCAGAAGAGACCACUGCUGAGGAGUCUGACAGUGAUGAAAUGGGCCAGGAGGUUACGCCUAAGGACCCCAACAACUCAACUGCCUCUGUCGUUUUUCGAAGCCCAAGUGGUGUACACUGGGGCUAUGAAGAGACCAAGACUUACCUUGCAAUUCUUAGUGAAACUCAGUUUUAUGAAGCCCUCCAGAACUGUCACCGCAACAGCCAAUUGUAUGGAGCAGUGGCUGAGCGGUUAUGGGAAUAUGGCUUCCUUAGGACACCAGAGCAGUGUCGGACAAAAUUUAAAAGUCUACAGACUAGCUAUCGGAAAGUCAAGAAUGGCCAAACAUUAGAAACCUGUCCCUUCUAUGAAGAGAUGGAUGCUUUGGUAAGUGCCAGGGUUGUUGUCCCACCUGCUGAUGGCCAAGAAGAGAAAGCUUCUUGCCUCAUCCAGGCCAGUGACAUUGAUGUUGAGAAGCAAGCUGAGGAUGCAGAAGAGAUCGAAGAAGAAGAUUCUGAUGAUGAUGAUGACGAAGACGAUGAUGAGGAUACUGAGCUACCACCCCCAGAGGCUGUUAGGAACCGUGCUCCAGUCUUAUUCCAGAGCCCCAGUGGUUUUGAGGCUGGAUUUGAAAAUGAAGUGAAUCUAAAACGGGAUAUUUCUGAAGAAGUACAGUUACAUAGAACAUUGCUUGCAAGAUCAGAAAGGAAAAUUUCCCGGCGUCUUAACCAGGGUAGAAGAAGUGAGAGUGAAUACAGAUCAGGAAGACAGUGGGAAAAAACUCCAGGGGAAAGAAGAGGAAAACCAACACUCCCAGAGAGGAACUUAGGUAAAGUUAUUAGUCAUCAAAGACCUUACUCAGGAGAAAGACCCUACAAGUAUCUGAGACAUGGCAAAAGCUUUGGUCCUAAUUCCCACCUUAUGAAUCAGAUAUCCCAUCAAGUGGAAAAUCCAUAUAAAUGUGCCGACUGUGGAAAAAGCUUCAGUUGGAGUGCGCGCCUCAUUAGACACCGAAGAAUCCAUACUGGAGAAAAACCUUAUAAGUGUCUUGAUUGUGGGAAAAGUUUCCGUGACAGCUCAAACUUCAUCACCCACAGGAGGAUCCACACAGGAGAGAAACCAUAUCAGUGUGGUGAGUGUGGAAAACGUUUCAAUCAAAGCUCAAGUCUUAUAAUUCACCAGAGAACCCACACAGGAGAAAAGCCCUAUCAAUGUGAAGAAUGUGGAAAAAGCUUCAAUAACAGUUCUCAUUUCAGUGCACAUCGGAGGAUCCACACUGGAGAGAAACCCCAUGUAUGUACCGACUGUGGAAAGAGUUUCAGUAAGAGUUCUGACUUACGUGCCCAUCAUAGAACCCACACAGGUGAGAAACCUUAUGGGUGUCGUGAUUGUGGCAAGUGCUUCAGUAAAAGCUCUGUUCUGAAUAAGCACCGAGAAAUUCAUACACGAGAAAAGCUGCUUUCACAACCAGCACCCAAGUAAGCCCCUGAG